CCUAGUUCAGAUUUGAAGCCUCAAGGCAGAUGAAAUGGCCAGACAUUUGCCUUUUAGGGUCGCCCUCAGAAGAGCUAACAAAAAGGGUGACAGCCUUUAAACAGCUGCCUGGGAGGAGGACAUCUGCCUCUGUUUCACCAGCUAUUCAGUGCUCAGGCCUUGCCUUGAAAAGAGCAUGUGGGGCUUGGCAGCAAUAGUUCUGAGGCAGCCAGUUGUUAUAUGGCUUUUGUCUUAACGAAGCCACCCAUUAUUGUAGAGCCAUAACUCGCAGGAAGCCAGCUGUCAGGGCUUUGGCGCAGGCCCCUCUGGGUGGGAGGCAAGGGGAGAGAAGAGUGUCUCUGGCCAAAUUCCCUUUUAGACACCUGAGCCUGGUUGGCUUUGUAACCAGAGAGUUUUGUCUUUUCCUCACUCCCAUCUUCCCUGAGGAGGAUCUGGCACUGGUUUUGCUCUCUACCCUUGGAGAGACAGCAGGGACAUCUUGAGAUUUGGAUUCCUUGGUUUGCAACUGCCUAAGUGCUGGGAUGGUCUGGGCUGGGCUGGGCUCUGCGGCGGCUGACUGGCAUUUGGCGCUCCGAUUAAGCGCUUCCCUUUGAAAUCUACGCCCUCCUUUUUUUUUUUUUAAACCAGGUAUGAUGAUGUCAAACGUGAUGCUGAUGCUACAGUUACAGACACGGCCCCUGCUGGCGCAGCCUCUCUGAUUCUCUCUUCCUCUCCACGUCCAGCGCUGGGUUUUUUUUUUUUUUUUUUUUUCAGACAAGUGCAUCUCCUAACCAGGUCACAUUUCAGCAGCGACCCACUAUCCGUCUGUCAUCGGAGUCAGACCGCAGGAGGAAGGCUGAGGAAGACGAGGACAUUUGCCUCGCCAGCUGCGGGGUGGGAAGAAGGACAUUAAAAUACUGCAGAAGUCAAGACUCCCCCACCCUCCAGGUCGAAUUCAGACCACGAUGUGCGCUCGGGGCUGCGGGCGGCUGGCGCUGCCGCUGCUGCUGCUCUCGGCAGCUGCCCUGGCCGAAGGCGACGCCAAAGGGCUCAAGGAGGGCGAGACCCCCGGCAAUUUCAUGGAGGACGAGCAAUGGCUGUCGUCCAUCUCGCAGUACAGUGGCAAGAUCAAGCACUGGAACCGCUUCCGAGAUGAGGUGGAGGAUGACUACAUCAAGAGCUGGGAGGACAAUCAGCAAGGAGAUGAAGCCCUGGAUACCACCAAGGACCCCUGCCAGAAGGUGAAGUGCAGCCGUCAUAAAGUGUGCAUUGCCCAGGGCUAUCAGCGGGCCAUGUGCAUCAGCCGCAAGAAGCUGGAGCAUAGGAUCAAGCAGCCUGCCGUGAAGCUCCAUGGAAACAAAGACACCGUUUGUAAGCCCUGUCACAUGGCCCACCUUGCCUCUGUCUGCGGCUCUGAUGGCCACACUUACAGCUCAGUGUGUAAGCUGGAGCAGCAGGCGUGCCUGAGCAGCAAGCAGCUGAUGGUGAGAUGCGAGGGCCCCUGCCCCUGCCCCACGGAGCAGGCCACCACCUCUGCCUCCGACAGCAAACCAGAGGCGUGCACUGGUCAGGACCUGGCUGACCUGGGGGAUCGGCUGCGGGACUGGUUCCAGCUCCUUCAUGAGAACUCCAAGCAGAACGGCUCAGCCAGCAGUGGAGCCAGCCCGGCCAGUGGGCUGGACAAGAGCCUGGGGGCCAGCUGCAAGGACUCCAUUGGCUGGAUGUUCUCCAAGCUGGACACCAGUGCCGACCUCUUCCUGGACCAGACCGAGCUGGCUGCCAUCAAUCUGGACAAGUACGAAGUCUGCAUCCGCCCCUUCUUCAACUCCUGCGACACCUACAAGGAUGGCCGGGUUUCCACCGCGGAGUGGUGCUUCUGCUUCUGGAGGGAGAAGCCUCCCUGCCUGGCAGAGCUGGAGCGCAUCCAGAUCCAGGAGGCUGCCAAGAGGAAGCCAGGGAUCUUCAUCCCAAGCUGUGACGAGGAUGGUUACUACCGGAAGAUGCAGUGUGACCAGAGCAGCGGAGACUGCUGGUGUGUGGACCAGCUGGGCCUGGAGCUGACCGGCACCCGCACACACGGGAGCCCCGACUGCGACGACAUCGUGGGCUUCUCAGGGGACUUCGGGAGCGGUGUCGGCUGGGAGGAUGAGGAGGAGAAGGAGACAGAGGAAGCAGGCGAGGAGACAGAGGAGGAGGAGGGCGAGGCGGGCGAGGCAGACGAUGGCGGCUACAUCUGGUAGAUGGCCCGCGGGGAGCCGGGGCAGGCCAGCGUGCUGACGGCCGGGGGGACACGGCAGCAGAGACCUGGACAGAAGCAGGCAGAUUACAAAUGGAUCCAGAAAAUACAGUCUAAAGGACCCUGACUCCAAUGGGGAGGACCGGACGUGUGAAUGUGCAUGGCACUUGUGUGAGUGUGUGGCCAGGAUGCAUGACUCUGUGUGUGUGUGUGUGUGUGUGUGUGUGUGGCAUGCACUGACAAAUGUGUCCUUGGUCCACACUGCUACUGGCAGAGGGUCACCCAAAGGCCCCUAAGGCCUCCUGUAGUUGUUUUCUUCCAUCUGUUAGUUUUGAAAUACACACAUUCACACAUACACACA